CGCUUACACUUCCUGGUGGGAGGAGAACGAGAGUGUGACGUCACGUUCAGCUGCAGAUCUCGUCGGCUUUUGAAAAACGUUCAAAACUGUUUGGCGAUUAAACUGACUGACUGCUGUUAUCGCUACAAUGUCUCCUCUCAAAUUUGUCAUUAAGUGUGGGAACUUCGCUGUGCUGGUGGAUCUCCACGUUCUGCCCCUGGGCGGCCAAGGGGACGCCAGCUGGUUUACUACGGAGCACGUCGAGGACGUUACAGUGUUGGUUCGUGAUGCUGUGGACCAGAGGGUGAAGCAGUACACGGAGUUCCUCCAGAGUAGAAAACAGCCCAAACAGAAGAAGGAGCUGGCACCUGCUCCAGCUCUUAGUGUGAAAGGAAAAAGCUUCAACCUUGUGGCCAACUUCCUGAAGCGGCACUACAACCUCAGAUGUGUUGUCAAACAGCUCUAUGGAGAGUUGCGUGUGUUUCCUGAACGCUAUGUUGUGUGUGUAAGCUGUCCAGAGGAUGCCUCAGCGCGCCAUGGAAACCUGAGCCUGGCCGCGACUGAGCUGAGUGAACAAAGCAGAUCAGAAUAUUUUUCCAGAGUGGGAGAAACCCAAGAGCCUUUAAACAGCUCCACAAAAACAAAGAAGACUGUGCUUCAAAAGAUAGCCAGACAAGCCAGUGUCCAGCGAGAGCGCCAUGGUUUCAGUGUGGGGGAGCAGGAACUUGACCAGAGAGCCUAUCCUAAAGAGCAAAGAGAUGAUCUCAACCCGGGAGAGUCAGAAACAAACGCAAAAGAAACUGCAUCCAGUCCUGAAGGGGAGGCGCCCCUCCCUGAGGCAGAGCUCCAGGUAAACCUGCUGCCUUGCCCUGCCGACAUAGACUCCAUGACUCGCGUUGAGAUCAGUGAAAAGCAGGAUCCAACCCAAAAGCUGCAGACAGAGAACAGACUCCCAGACAGUAUCAACCCCAAUGGAGCCUCAGUAGUUUCCUCCCAGCAUAAAAUGAGUCAGGAGACCAGCAAGAGCAAGAGGUGCAAGCCGAGCAAUGAAGGGAAAGACCCUCACCCGCAGAGGGCCAAGAGGACGUGCCUUGGAGGACCUCCAGCCUCCGUAGCGCAUGCGCUCACAGUGCAAACAGACUCCAUCGAAGGCUCCUCGCAAACAUCCAAGUAUGACCCUCUUCCUCUGCCGCCCCUUCCUCCAGUCAAACCCAAAGCCAAGGCAGAGUCCAAGGCUUUCCCAGUCUCAGAGUGCAACAAAACCACACUGGAAGUAGAGCUGCUUACUCCAGGGAAACGGGCCCAGAGGCUCCCCCUCACAAGCAAUAACACGGCACAGACAAACCAAAACAGGCUGGCCGCAAGUCUGAGGGGCCUAUCUGUCAAGCCUGCAUCCUCAGGCUCCUCUAUUAGUUCCAGAUCCACACUCGGAGAGGAGGGGAGCGUAAAUGUGCCCAGAACCUCCAGAUUACGACGGCUGAAGAGGUCCUGAGGGGUAGAGACAAGCUACAGUAAAGAUGCCUGACGCCAUGGAGAUAGAGAUGAUAUUGUGUCAGGCUAGAAGUUUACCCUGCGCAGUCUCUCAGCUACACACGCACUUAAACUACAAUCUCCAUUCUUCUCACACAUGCUGCACAUACAGCGCACACACUCACACACGCAUAUCAAAUGCUUAACAUAUUGUGGCAAUUGAUACAUGAGUGUUUGAAUUAUGCUUUGUCAAAUAGUUGAAACAGACUUUGCCUCCACCCAUAAGUAGUGGUGGUCAAGAGAGACUCGCAAAUGAAAGUUAAAAAACAAAAAAAACAAAAAAAACUUUAAUUGGAGUUUAGAUUUGGUUUUGUGUUAAAGAUUGGGGAUUUCAGACAGGCAGGAGCCAUGUAGUACGUCAUGGGUUUUAGUCUGAAACACUGGCUCCUACGUGUCUGAAAACUGUCCAGUUUCCCUGCUGAAGUUGUAGUAUGUGAUUGAUUCCUGUUUCCAGAUUUACUUCAUCACCCUCUUUGUUUUUAAAGUUGUAUUGAAACCUCUUCAUACUGUGGUUAGCAUGCAUUCAUGUGCCAGCUUGGCAAGUACUUAGUUACUGAGCACCUGAAGUUUAUUUUUAAAGGGAGUGUAUUAUACCGCUCCAAUAUUGAAUUUAACUGUCCAAAUAUGUUAGUACCAUAACGGUGUUGAAAUAUUUGUGGUUUUAUGUGGUAAUAACUAGACUGCUUAAGUAUCACAGGUUGAGGUGUAGCAGCUAUUCUCUGCAGAGGAACCCCUCGACUUACUGUGGUCAGGAUCCUCACAGGGGGGCCCCGGGGCCUCACUGGGGGCGGAUAUGCCUGUGUGCUGUCACCCCACCAUCGGUCCCCAACUGUCUCACGCUUUCUCUGGCUUUGGUCACACAUACCCAGUACAGGCAUGAUGCCCCCAUUUAAGGACCAAGAUGUUCCACUAGAUGAGUCAUGAAAUUGCUCAAACACGUUACUCUUGAUUUAUAAUUUUUUAUUUUCAUGGAGAGACAUUUUAUGGUUUCAAUAAAGAUGUUUUUCCCA